AUGGAAAAUAAAGCCACGCUGUCGAGUUACGACAACGAGACAGUCGACGGCGGACGCUGGGACAACGACACCGACGCCGACGACAACGAUGACGAUGACGACAACGAUCACCUGUAUUUCUCCAACACGACGGCGCACGUGCGCGCGCUCAUCCUCACCUGCCUCGUGCUGUUCUCGCUAUUCACGAUGGUCAGCAACGGCCUCGUCAUCGUCAGCGUAGCGAAGAUCCGUCGUCUGCAAACCGCCGCCAACAUCACCAUCGUCAACCUCGCCUGCUACGACUUCGUCGUCGGUGCUGUCUUGUGGACGGCGGUGCUGCCUCGCGACACGCGUCUGCGCUGCGUCGUCUUUACCGGCUACGGAGUCUUCAAUAUCGUGAGCUCUAUGGCCGGCAUGGCACUGUGCACGAUCAACAGAUACACGGCGAUCUCGUACCCGCUACGCUACCCGUUGCUAAUGACGCCGGCGCGCACGGGCUGGCUCAUAGCCGCCUGCAUAACGUACGCAAUGCUGAUGAGCGUCGGCGGCAUGAUCCAGGUGGCGCUGCGGUGGCGGCCGUCGGCGCUGUGCAUACCCGGCCGGAUGAUGACACGCGCCUACGCUUACUACGUGUUCAGUCACUACCUCGUCCUGUUCGUACUCAUGUCAUACUGCUAUGGUGUCAUCGCCAGGAUCGCCUGGACGCACACGAAAAGAAUGGCGACGGCGUCGAACGAGGAACGACAAGAAAUGUCGGCUUUCCACGCGACGUUGAAGAUGUCGAAGAUCAUACUGACCGUUGUCGGCACCUCGUGGACUCUCCUCGGUCCGCACAUGCUGUACAUGUGUCUGCUUCUUGCGUAUCCCAACUCUGGAAACGAGUGGUGGCUUCAGGCGCUGCGCGUUAUUCGAAUAAACGGACUCAUAUUGAAUUCGUUUCUGAACCCGAUCGUUUACUUCUACAAGUUUAUGGACUUUCGCCUGGCCGUAAGAGAACUCUUCGGUUGCAAGAAGCCCUCAGUAGCGCCACUGCCGUAG